AAUGUAAUGAUAAUUUAAAAAUAAGUUGAAAAUUUAAGUUUAUUUGAAAUGGAACACGCAAACAACUAAAUAAUUUAAUAAUUUACGAUCAUGUAAAAUGAAAAUAACUUAAAAUCAGAUCAAAAUUUUACUGUGAUAAUCAUAAGCAAUCAACAUACGAAAAAUGUCAUCUCGUAGGAUUUCUCAAACUCAGAUGCGCUCCUUACUGCGUCGCAAACAUCUAGAGAUUAUUAGCAUCAUAACUUUAAUAGUAUUAUUUUAUGUAGCCUUUCUACAAACACAUCAAAGUUCAAGGAUUAAUUACAUACCUGCACCAGAAGCUAGCAUACAGUUUCAACAGCAUAAGUCGCAAGAAGUAUUGACACUAGACAAAACUGAUAUAAAAGUAGAAUGUCCGACUUCGGCUCAGCCUAUAAUCACCGAGUUGCCUUUAAAAACUAAAGUGAAAAAUAUUUUAAAAUGUCUUGAUACACCUUUGCGUAUGGAAAAGUUACAAUAUGGCCAAUAUUGGUUGAUUAAAAAUUAUAUACGUGGUCGUCGAAGUAUAGAAAUGGGCUGUGGAGAAUCGAUUACUUACACCACUAAUGGUGAUUAUACUUUUAUGGAAAACCUACCAACAGUUGUAAAGCGUUGGUCCGGCCCUGUUAGUUUUGCCAUUUAUGCUCCCGGUGAUGAUUACGAUGCCACCAUGGACUCCAUAUUAUACGUCCUUAAUUGUCUGCCCGAAAGUGAACUAAUACGUGACUAUGCCACAUUUCACAUAUACUUCCCCAAAGAUCAUCUACCAACAUUUAUAGCUAAAGAUGAAGAUGAAGCCCUACAAUGGCCCUAUGAUUGUGAAUUGCCGGCACCCUAUUUAAAUGUAAAUCAUUCGACAAUGUAUAAGACAAUAAAAAAUUUAACAUAUCCCAUAAAUGUGGGUCGUAAUAUUGCACGCAAAACCGCUAAUACGUAUUUUAUUUUCGCCUGCGACAUAGAACUAUAUCCUAGUUUGGGUUUAGUAGAUAAGUUUCUGGAAAUGGUUGUGAACAAUUCUACGGCGGUUUUAGAAGGUGAUAAACCUAAAGUUUUUGUCUUGCCUAUUUUUGAGGUGCAAAAAAAUGCUACCUUACCCGAUAGUAAGGAAGAGUUAAAAGAGAUGUUAAAAACCUCGAUGGCGGUACCAUUUCAUAAAUUUGUCUGUUCGAAUUGUCAUUUGGUGCCGAACCAAAAGGAGUGGGUUAAGGCAAACGACAGCGAGAUAUUAGAAAUAUUUUCGGUGGGCAAACGUUAUGAUAAAUUUAUUUACUGGGAACCAUUCUAUAUAAGCGAUAAUAAAGAGCCGAUUUUCGAUGAACGUGUCACCUGGGAAGGCCAAUCUAAUAAACGUAUCCAGAACUAUGCCAUGUGUUUGAUGGACUAUGAAUAUCAUGUUUUACAUCCAGCUUUUCUGGUACAUGCUCCCGGCAUUAAAAGGUUUAUAUUAAAAUCGAAUCAGACUCGAACUAGAAUGAAGUAUGUAGCUGAAAUGAAUAGACUUAUAACUUAUAAAAUUGUGCCCGAAUAUUUGGUGUUGUUUGGUAAAAAUAAAAGAUGUCAUGUAUAGAAGAGAGAUAUUUUCUUUAUAUUUUACACGAUGUAAACAUUGUAUAAAUUAAUAUAAGAACAAAUUAUUGAAAGAAAUAUUUUAUAAUUCCUAUUUUAGUACAAAACAAUAAUGUUAACACCAUUUUACAUGAUGUAAAUAUAUGUCAAUAUUACAUGAUUUAACAUUGUUUAUUACAUAAUUUACUUCAUGUAAAAAAUUAACAAAUAUGAGGUAAUGUUGUAAUAUAUUUCAAUAGAUCACUUUCUUUAAGAAAAAAUGUAGUUUUGCCAUUGUUUACAUAAUGUAAAUAACAUGUAAACAAUGUAAAUUAAUAAAUUAUGUUAAUAAUUAUCUAGAAAUAAAAAUUUUACAUUAACAAGAUAAUUUCAGGUUAUUUUUUACUUUUCUUUACAUUAUGUAAAUAAUGUAAAAAAUCAUGUAAAUUAUUAAAAUUUCAAAAUGAAACGAAGUGAGAACUAGAUAUUAUUUACUGCGAUAGACUUUUAAAGAGAUUUUGUAUUGUUUACAUAAGGUAAAUAAUAUGUAAACAAUGUAUUUCAUGUACGUAAAGUGUAAACAAUGUAAAUUUAUAAAUAAUAUUAAGAAUUAUUCAAAAUUUUAAAAUUUUACAUAAAAAAUUGAUAUAAAGUCGUUAUUUACACUUCUUUACAUAAUGUAAAAAAUGUAAAAAACCAUGUAAACAAUUAAAAUUUCAAAAUAAAGCAAACUGAAAACUAGAAAUUAUUCACUGCGAUAGACUUUUAAAGAGAUUUUGUAUUGUUUACAUAAGAUAAACAAUAUGUAAACAAUGUAUUUUUUGUACAAAAAGUGUAAACAAAGUAAGUAAAUAAUGAAUAUUAAAAAUUAUCCAUAAAUUUUAAAAUUUUACGUACAAAAUUGAUAUAAAGUCGUUAUUUACACUAUUUUACAUAAUGUAAAAAACCAUGUAAACAAUUACAAAUUUAAGAUAAAAUGCAGUAAAACCUAGAAUUUAUUUGCUACAAACGAUUUCUAAAGAGAUUUUGUAUUGUUGACAUAAGGUAAACAAUAUGUAAACAAUGUAUAUUAUGUACAUAAAGUGUAAGGAAUGUAAAUUAAUAAAUAAUAUAAAGAAUUAUUCGAAAAUUUAAAAUUUUACAUAAAAAAUUGAUAUAAAGUCGUUAUUUACAUUUCAUUACAUAAUGUAAAUAAUGUAAAAAAGCCAUGUAAACAAUUACAAAUUUAGGAUAAAAUUAAGUAAAACCUAGAAUUUAUUUGCUAUAAACGAUUUUUGAAGAGAUUUUGUAUUGUUGACAUAAGGUAAACAAUAUGUAAACAAUGUAUUUCAUGUACGUAAAGUGUAAACAAUGUAA